CUGUAACCGAGUGGGCGGGCUGUUCUGUGUGUUGUGCUGUAGAGCAAGAAGCAACGAUUUUGGUUUUGUUUUCGUUGUUAUCCAGCCGCUGAACUCUAACGUUCGGCUGAUCAUUCAGUAAAAACAGUCGCAAAACUUUGUUGCAGUACACAGGUAAUAGGAUUGACUGCUGCUCGAUGGAAAUAGCAUAACCAUGUUCAGUUUUGAGGGAGAUUUCAGGAGAACACCCAAGGUGUCCCUUGGGGGUGCAAGCAGAAAAGAGGAAAAAGCAUCACUUCUUCAUCGAACACAAGAAGAAAGAAGAAAAAGGGAGGAUGAAAGGAAAAGACUUAAAAAUGCAAUCAUCAUUCAGUCCUACAUAAGGGGAUACCAAGACCGGAAACAGCAAUAUGCCAUUCAGAGGGGCCACUUUGACCACUGUGUGUGUCAGUGCCAGUCAGGCUCUGGCCCUCAACUUGCAGAUAGUGGAACUCUCAGCCAACUAGUUCGCCAGCUUCUCUUUUUUUACAGAAUGAGUGAAGACACACAGAGAAUGAUCUGGAUGUGUCAGAGUUUGAUAAAGCACCAUGCACAGUUUGUCAAGUUGCUGGUGGGGCCAGAAAGACAGAGUUGUCUGUUUCAGAUCAAAAGGAUACUGGGACACUGUUGCAGGCUGCUACAAGCAUGUAAAGAAGACAGUCUGAAUGUGGCAGUCCCGAUGCGGAUGCUAGAGGUCUUCUCCGCUGACACAACAUACUUACCCGUUCUAGAAGAUGCGAACUGUGCCACUGCUCUUAUUGAGCAAAUUUUGCACUAUAUGAUUCAGAAAGGAUACUACCGUUUUCUGUACAUUUUAGUGAAUCACAAGUUGCCAUCAAGUCUGGAGUACAGUGACGCCCCCUCAAUUCCACUGGCACAUACACUGCUAGAACAUAUCCUCAAGCCUUUGCACUUUACAUAUGGCUCCUGCUCCCCAGAUGCCAGGCAAUUUGUGUUUUCGGCCUUCACUGAAGAGUUCAUCUCGGCGCCUUUUACUGAACAAAUCUAUAAUUUCUUCGUGCCAGCUCUGGCAGACUCAAGACUAGCUUUCCCUUUCCAGAACUUCCUUUGGUCACUCCAGGCCACCUUAGCCUCUUCCUCCCAGGCCCAAACUCAUGCUCCCUGGCUCUUUUACUUUGUACUAUCGGUUGGCGAAACAGGAUUGAGUUCACUUUCAGAGGAAGGGUUGCUGUUGUACUUGAAGGCUCUACAGACUUUGUUGCCCUUGUUGCCAGUGACUGAAUGCAACAGUAGAGCCGAUAUCAACAGUGACUCAGAAGAUGAAGAAGAAAUGAGCAUACAGCCUCCUGCUGCACAAGAUGGUAGUUGGAUAUCUGUGCAUUACAUAACAGAGGAAUGUGUGCAGAAGUUGGACACCAAGCAGCAGACUAACACGUUGCUAACAUUAGUGUGGAGAGACUCAGCGAGUGAAGAUGUCUUCACCAUGAUGGCCUCCAUCUGUCACACACUGAUGGUGCAACACCGUAUGAUGGUGCCCAGAGUCAGGUAAGAUUAAACACGAUCC